AUGGCUUCGGACGAUUCCUCGAAGCAGAAGGCGGAGGUUCUGCCACCGAAGAAGCAGGCGGAGGCGGGGAUGAAGCCACCGACGGAUAUGCUACCGCCAAAGCCAAAAGAUGAUCCAACACCAGUAAUCAAGGAUGCCCUCAAAAUCGUGGAGAUUCUGCACAAGAAAGUUGUUCCUGCAUCCAAACAACAAGAAUUCGUAUCAACGGGUAGGAGCCUAGAUGCUAGUCUCAGCAACUCAGACGUCGUCCCUGAGAAUGAUGGGGUGCAGAGAUCUGCUAGUCUCCCUCCUAAGACUCCAGCUGACCAGGAUGACUCUGAGCAAUACAUACCUAAGCUGAGACGUAAUCUGCAUCUGCUCAGGGAAGACGUGGUAAAGCUUCAAGAUCUUCGCCUCGAAGUUGCAGAUGAGGUGGCCAAACAUAUUACCCCACUUGAAAAACUGCUCAAGAAAGUGGACAAGGGUUCCUCUACAGCUUUGACCAAGGGUAUGAAGAAAGAUCUGGAGGACAUCAACAAGAAGAUAUUCAACCUCAUGUGUCAGGUCCCUUUGCUGCCCAAGAAACUCAAGAAACGUGGAGAGCUAGACGCUGAGGGUGGCGAUCUGGAGAAUGACGGCAAAGGUAUCGAAUGCUUGCCAGGCAUCCAUGCAAAUGAAGAGGAUCUCAGACGACUCGCUGUUUUCAGAAAAGUAAGUGAGAAGUUUGAGAAGCUUAGUAUCGACCGCAAGAUCUGCCUGCUGAGCUUUGCUGUGUUCCCUGAGAACCAAGAGGUGAACAGAACGAUGCUCAUGUACUGGUGGAUCGGAGAGGGCUUUCUGCCUGAUAAGAUCAAACCAGACGAGAGCACGGCGCCUGAUAGCGUCAAACCCAAGAGGGUGUUUAGACUUGCUAGUAAAGAAAAGCCUUGUGAAAAAGACAGACGUGAAGAUGUUGUCAAGGCCAUUCUUGACGAGUUCGUGGAGGAAAAGUUGAUUGAAGCUGUUGAGAACAAACGCAAAGUGGAGCCGAAUAGCUACAAGAUGGCCCCUUUCGUGCAUUCUUCACUGGUUCUUAUCACGCAGGAGAUGGGACUUUUUAGCAUGUAUAAAAAAGGGGAGAAGCCAAGCAUGCACAAGUCAGAGCUGAACAAGGUCUGCCUUGUGGAAGGGUCUUCAAGCCAAACAGAAGCAAAGGCUAAAAAAAUGCCAGAAGUGAAACUCAUCGAGACAGUGUUCAAUGUCUCUGAGAGGUUUCCGGAUUUCGCAUUCAAGUGGUUCUCGGACGAUCAAGCAUCAUCAGGGAACAAGUCGUUGGUUCGUCUAUCGACAACUGUGUAUAAGAACCUCAUGGUGUUUUAUCUGGGAAGAUGGGAGAGAACUGCAAAGCGCCACAUCGAGGUAGAGAAUCCUGAGCUUAUGAAGCACUUGAAGCAUAUGACUAAACUCAGACUUCUGAGUUUCCAAGGGAUAUCAAGAAUUGAGAGACUCGACGAUGCUGUCUGUAAGCUUCAUGACCUGAUCAUCUUGGACCUCAGAGCUUGCUACAAUCUGGAGAAACUUCCAGAGAAGAUAGACUCACUCAAGAAGCUGAUCUACUUGGACAUCACGGAUUGCUACAUGAUAGAUCGCAUGCCCAAGAGGAUGUCGUGGCUGGAGAACUUGGAGGUUCUCAAGGGCUUUGUGGUUAGUGAUGCCACUGAUGAUGAGAAGGUCUGUUUGCUGGAUGAGUUGAAGAACUUGACAAAGCUGAGAAAGCUAAGCAUCACAAUAAACAAAGGUGGACUGUUCACUGUAACCAAACUGUUUGUGGACAUUGAGGAUUUCGACAAUCUGGAGAAGUUGAAAGUGGCGUGGGGAGGUAUUAAUGAUCACAAGAAAGAGGAGACUUCUGGUGGGGGAGCCAAUAGAUUUAUCAGAGCGGUGACAUUUCGUUCUCAGAUCGAUAUUUCCGAAGAAAUAAAGAAGCAGAGGGCUCCAAAGCAUCUUCCCAAGAAACUGAAGAAACUGGACCUGCAGUGUUUUCCUGAUCGGGAACUUCCUCUGUGGCUUCAGCCCCAAAACCUUGGUGGUCUUGAAAAACUCUACAUUAAAGGAGGGAAAGAACUUACCGGAUUUAAAAAGUUACCGGAUAAGGCAACGGAAUGCAAUGUCAAGGUUUUACGUCUCAAGUUUCUUCCAAGGCUGAAAGUAGAGUGGAGGGAGCUGAGCGAAACGUACUUUCCAAAAGUGGUAUUCUUGGAUAAGUAUCAAUGCCCUCAAGUUAGUUUCUGCCCCUGCGACGGUAUCGGAAUCUGGCGCAAAAACCGUCAAGUCUAA